GUUGAACAGUGAUCCCUAGUGCCAACUACGGCAUCUCAACACGAUUCAAUUCCGCCAUGCAGACAUUGUUUUAACAGCAGUUUCAGGAUCAUAUAUAAAAAAAAUCUUCUUGAUUAAAUAAAUUGGUGCAUAAUCUACCUAAAUUAUCUCGAAGAAUAGAUAAAACCUGUUAGACGGUAACUGUGCUCUGCACUUUUCCAUAAGUUCCAUCUUCAAUAUUGGUAGAGGGUAUAAUAAUCAGCACCACCGUAAUCACGUGUUUUACGUAGAAGUUGAUCUGUGUGAAGUUUUUUACGACUGUACGUUGGUUGGAGUGCAGUAUAUUAUGUCGAAAUCACCUGAAGCUAGACAUCUGCUUCAUAGUGGAUAUUUUCAUCCUGUACUUCGAAAAUUACAAACAUCAAAUGUUGAAAUUUCGCCUUAUAACUUGGUGUUUCCAGUAUUUGUUGGGAAUAACGAGAAACCGGUAGAUGUUAAAAGCAUGCCAGGAGUAGUCCAGUAUGGUGUCAGCAAUAUAGAGGAAUGUUUGAGACCAAUUGUGAAUAAAGGGCUGAAAUUAGUACUGCUAUUUGGUGUAGAACAUGGAAUUCUAAAGGAUGAGAAAGGAUCAUAUGCUGACUCCCCAAGAAAUCCAGUAAUUCAAGUGAUACCCAAAUUAAGAAGAUGCUUCCCAGAUCUUAUAAUCAUGUGUGAUGUAUGUUUGUGUGCAUAUACAAACCAUGGCCAUUGUGGCAUUAUGAGCAGUGAUGGAGUCAUUGAUAAUGAAGCCAGCAUUGAACGAAUUGCACAGGUAGCAUUGGCUUAUGCACAAGCAGGGGCUCAUAUUGUGGCUCCAUCAGAUAUGAUGGAUGGACGAAUUGGUGCAAUUAAAAGAAGCCUCAUUGAUUAUGGACUUGGGAAUCGUGUCAGUGUAUUGUCUUAUGCUGCCAAGUUUGCUUCCGGUUUCUAUGGUCCAUUCCGAGAUGUCACUAAGUCUGCACCUGUGUUUAGUGAUCGGAAAUGUUAUCAGCUUCCACCUGGGAGCAAAGGACUUGCUACUCGAGCUGUUUUGCGAGAUGUAACUGAAGGGUGUGAUAUGUUGAUGGUGAAACCCGGACUUGCUUAUCUGGAUAUUGUCAAGCAGACCAAAGAUGCACAUCCAGAAUACCCAUUGUUUGUGUAUCAGGUAUCCGGUGAGUAUGCAAUGUUAUACCAUGCUGCUAAAGCUGGUGCCAUUGAUCUUCGAGGUGUUCUGGAAGAAGUCUUACUUUCAAUGAGGAGAGCUGGUGCUGACUGCAUUAUCACAUACUUCACACCAAUUAUAUUAGAUUGGUUACAAGUGAAAAGUAAAUAUUAACUAUAUAUAUAUACAUACAUAUAUCCAUACGUAUAUAUACAGACAUACACAGGGCUUUUUUCUGCCAGUAUGCAUACCAGCAAACAACCGGUCUGGUCUUGAAAACUUGUCAAAAGUUAUUUAUUUUGACCCAGAGCUGAAACCAAGUGUGAGAAUACCAGGAAACAUAUUUUUUAAAAAAGCACUGUCUGUGUGUGUGAAUAAACGUAAAUGAGGUGUGAUUAGAAUAUUUAUGGACUGAUUGUGAGGUGUUACUACCACAGUACAGAAUUCCUCUUUUAGACGAUUUUUUUUAUUUCUAGUGGGGUGGGACUAAGUCCCUUGUAUUGUGACCACCUCUGGCCUAUUGUACCAGCCCA